GUAGGAUUAUGGUUGCGUUCUCUGUAGUGAUGACUGUAAUUGUGCUCAAUUUCCAUCACAGAACUACUGAACAUCACGAUAUGCCCCAUUGGAUCCGGAUAAUAAUCCUAACGUGGUUGCCUAAGCUGCUGUGCAUCGAUAGGCCGGGCAAAGUGAAGCCCCCGAGGCGUCGGACCGGCAAUACAUCGAAUCCAUCGCCUAAGAAGCGCCAGGAAAUGACAAACUUAAGCAACAAGAUCAAGGAGCUAGAGCAAUUACACGCGCCCCGACACGCCAUGUCCAACCUAAUGGAUGGCGACGAAGACUUUAGUCAUUUGAACGCCAGGUGUCCGACGGGUUGUCACUCCUAUUCAAACAUAGACUCGUUUCACACAAAUCUCUAUAGUAUGCAAAACCGGUCGUCAGACGAGCCGGACAUCAGUGCUUAUAAUCCGCCGUUGAAUGACUCGCCGAUCGACACCUCGUGUCCGCAAUCAGCCGAUUGUGAGCGACAAUUGAGUCCAAUAUUUAAAGAAUUAAAAUUCAUAACAAACCGAAUGCGAAAGGAAGACGAGUUGCACGAGAUUAUCAACGAAUGGAAGUUCGCGGCGAUGGUUAUCGAUCGCUUGUGUCUCAUCUUGUUUUCCACGUUUGCCAUCGUCUCGACCGCCGUUUGCCUCUUAUCAGCGCCGCAUCUCAUCGCU